CAUUUUGAACUUAUGGGUUUUAGUUGAUAGUUGCUGAUGCAAUCAAACGUUUUUCUUUACAGAUUUAACUUAGAGUUUAUAUAGCGCGAUUAUGUCUAGACGUGUACAACCACCAUGGACUGUACCAUCCAUCAAAAACCAGCCUGUCUUAAAAUUGUAUAACAGUUUAACUAGGCAAAAAGAAGUUUUUGUCCCUAUAUGCGGAAAAACUGUAAAUUGGUACAGCUGCGGGCCGACCGUUUACGAUGCCUCGCAUAUGGGGCACGCAAGAUCCUAUAUUACAUUUGACAUAUUGAGAAGAGUUUUGUCUGAUUAUUUUGGCUAUGAUAUAUUUUAUAUCAUGAAUAUUACAGAUAUUGAUGACAAAAUAAUUAGAAGGGCUAGGCAAAAUUAUUUAUUUGAAAAAUAUGUAUCAGAAAAGAGAAAUCUGGAAACACUUGUAAGUGAAGCAGGAGAAGUAGUUAAAAAUUUGUCUACUAAACUUAAAGAGACUAUUGAUUCAGAUAAGUGUGAAAUGUAUGAAAAAUCACUUUCCAGAUUAAAACAUUCUGUUGGGGAGUUGGAAAAGGCAAUACGGAGCAAUGAUUGUGUAAAGGUAGAUGAGGCUUCCAUAAAUUUUAUUAACGUUAAUAAAGAUCCUUUAUCAGAAUGGUUAGAUGUAAAGUAUGGUCCAACUGUUACUGAUAAUGCUAUAUUUUCUUCACUGCCACGGCAUUGGGAAGAAGAAUUUCAUAGGGAUAUGGAUGCUUUGAAUGUUCUUCGACCUAAUGUUCUUACCCGUGUUAGUGAAUAUAUUCCAGAAAUUAUCACCUAUAUUAAGGGAAUUAUAGACAAUGGCUUUGGAUAUGAAGCCAAUGGUUCUGUUUACUUUGAUGUAACUGCAUUUGACAAAAAUGAAAAGCAUUAUUAUGCCAAACUGGUUCCUGAGGCCUAUGGGGACACAAAUAGCUUACAAGAGGGUGAAGGUGACCUUACAACCAUUGACCAAAGGAUUGAAAAGCGAUGCCCCAAUGAUUUUGCACUUUGGAAAAAAAGCAAGCCCGGUGAACCUUCUUGGCAAUCUCCUUGGAGCCUCGGUAGGCCUGGGUGGCAUAUUGAAUGCUCUACAAUGGCUUCAGCUAUUUGUGGUCCUUAUUUGGACAUCCACACUGGUGGUGUUGACCUUAAAUUCCCACACCAUGACAAUGAAAUUGCUCAAAGUGAGGCACAUUUUGGGAAUCCAGAAUGGGUGAAAUACUUUCUGCAUUCAGGUCAUUUGACUAUUGCAGGAUGCAAAAUGUCAAAAUCGUUGAAGAACUUUGUCAGUAUUCAAGAUGCCUUGUCAAAGUACACUGCAAGGCAGCUAAGAUUUGCCUUUUUGCUACAUUCUUGGCGUGACACACUUGACUAUAGCCCAAAUACAAUGGAAUGUGCAAUUCAGUAUGAGAAAAUGUUUAAUGAAUUCUUUCUAAAUGUAAAAGAUGCUACUAGAAAUGUAAAUAUAUCGCAAACAACCUCUAAAAGCUUCUUUAAAUGGUCAAAUCAAGAGUUGAAUUUAAACACAAAGUAUAUAAAGGCUAAAGAGAAUGUUCAUGCUGCACUUUGUGACAAUAUAGAUACAAAAACGGCAUUGGAAGCUUUGAAAGAGUUAAUCACUGCUUGCAAUGUAUACCAGAAAGAUCAGAAAUCAUUAGAUAAAGUUUUGCUGCAAGAUGUUGCCUUAUAUGUAAUGAAAAUUUUGCGCAUAUUUGGUACAAUGUUUGAGACUCCCAAAUUAGGUUUUCCAAGUGCAACAGAAUCUUUUAGUGAUACUGAGAGUAUUAUAAUGCCCUAUUUGAGUAUUUUAGCCGAUUUUAGAGGCAAUGUGCGCAAUCAGGCGAGAAGUUUGAAAGCAGAAGAAAUACUUAAAGAAUGUGAUCUAAUUCGUGAUGAGAUUUUGCCUAAUAUUGGUGUAAGGCUGGAAGAUAAAGAUGGUGGAGGAUGUGCAGUAAAAUUGGUUGAUAAAGAAUCAUUGUUAAAAGAAAAAGAGGCAAAGAAGCAAAUGGAAUUGAACAAAGCGCUUGAGAGGGAGCGAAAAAAGGCAGAAUUAGCUGUUGCUCAAGCACUUAAAGAGGCUCAAAAGAAAAUUCCACCCAGUGAAAUAUUUAAGUCUGAGAUAGAUAAAUAUUCUAAGUUUGAUGAUAAAGGCUUUCCCACGCAUGACAUUGAAGGCAAGGAAAUCAGCAAAGGUCAGUUGAAAAAGCUUCAAAAAUUGUACCAGGCUCAGGAAAAGAAAUAUUCUGAAUAUUUAGCAUCUCUAAAUUAAUUAGUUUAAUUAAUUAAUUAAUUAAUUAAUAUAUUUGUUGAUUCUAAACUUAAGCACCAUCCAUUUCUGUAAAGCAAUUUCAUAUAUAAUUCAAGUAUUGGGUUUUAUUAUGCUUCAAAGGGAAUCACAAGCUUUUGAUAUCCCAUUUUCAAUUAUAUAUAAUAUAAUUGAAUCAUAUUAAUUAUUACCAAUGAAAUAAUAAUUAAAAUAAACAAUGUUUUGUAUUGAGCAUUAAUUUGUACUUUAUUAAGUUAUUUAUUUAUACUUUGUUAAUACAAUAUCUAUUAAAUAAUGCCCACGUGGAAAAUAUUGAAAGUGUUUCC